AUGUUUAUGGCGCACGCCAACCAUGGCAAUAGUUCUCAGGCCGCCACAAUAUCAGACAAAAGUGAUAAUUCCAUGGUUAUUGCUGCGUCCGCCGCGGAUGCCAACCUGAUGCGUUUUACCGGUGUCUGGGUUGAAACAAGCCUAGUCAAGGCUUCUCCUGGAUGCAUCAUCGGCGUCGGCUUGCCUCUCUCUGUCGACCUGUCUGCAAGCGAUGGGAGUCUGCAUCUGCAGCAUCCCCGACAAGACACUCUCGACCGUCCAUCGACGCCCGAAUCGAUAGCUCCUGGUUUCGAGCUCAUCACAUUACAUCAUCGUCAUCGCCCUCCACCAUCCGAACUCCGAGAUCAUACUUAG